AAGGAGGUCGAGGGUGGCUCCGAGGCCCUCCAGAAAGCCCCCUUAGAACCUCCCGAGGAUGAGGAGCCGUGGCUGGAGCCUUCCUCCCCCCCCCCCCCCCCCCCCCCAACCCAGGGCCGCCUGAUCCCCGGGGCCUACAAGUUCGACGCCCUGAUCACCACCUUCGAGAUGAUCCUGUCCGACUGCCCCGAGCUGCGGGAGAUCGAGUGGCGCUGCGUCAUCAUCGACGAGGCGCACCGCCUCAAGAACCGCAACUGCAAGCUGCUCGACAGCCUCAAGCACAUGGACCUGGAACACAAGGUCCUCCUGACGGGCACGCCGCUGCAGAACACGGUGGAGGAGCUCUUCAGCCUCCUGCACUUCCUGGAGCCCUCCCAGUUCCCUUCCGAGGCGGAAUUCCUCAAGGACUUCGGUGACCUCAAGACGGAGGAGCAGGUGCAAAAGCUCCAGGCCAUCCUCAAGCCCAUGAUGCUCCGCCGGCUGAAGGAGGACGUGGAGAAGAACCUGGCGCCCAAGCAGGAGACCAUCAUUGAGGUGGAGCUGACCAACAUCCAGAAGAAAUACUACCGGGCCAUCCUGGAGAAGAACUUCUCCUUCCUCUCCAAGGGCGCCGGCCACACCAACAUGCCCAACCUCCUCAACACCAUGAUGGAGCUGCGCAAGUGCUGCAACCACCCCUACCUCAUCAACGGCGCGGAGGAGAAGAUCCUGGCCGAGUUCCGCGAGUCCUGCCACCACCACGUGCCCCACGACUUCCACCUCCAGGCCAUGGUGCGCUCCGCCGGCAAGCUGGUGCUCAUCGACAAGCUGCUCCCCAAGCUGAAGGCCGGCGGCCACAAGGUGCUCAUCUUCUCCCAGAUGGUGCGCUGCCUCGACAUCUUGGAGGACUACCUCAUCCAGAAGAGGUACUUGUACGAGCGGAUCGACGGGCGGGUGCGGGGCAACCUGCGGCAAGCCGCCAUCGACCGCUUCAGCAAGCCCGACUCGGAUCGCUUCGUCUUCCUGCUGUGCACGCGGGCGGGCGGGCUGGGCAUCAACCUGACGGCCGCCGACACCUGCAUCAUCUUCGACUCCGACUGGAACCCCCAGAACGACCUCCAGGCCCAGGCCCGGUGCCACCGCAUCGGGCAGAGCAAGGCGGUGAAGGUCUACCGCCUCAUCACGCGCAACUCCUACGAGCGGGAGAUGUUCGACAAGGCCAGCCUCAAGCUGGGCCUGGACAAGGCCGUGCUGCAGUCCAUGAGCGGCCGCGAGGGCAACAUCGCGGGGAUCCAACAGUUCUCCAAGAAGGAGAUCGAGGACCUCCUGCGCAAGGGGGCCUACGCGGCCAUCAUGGAGGAGGACGACGAAGGCUCCAAGUUCUGCGAGGAGGACAUCGACCAGAUCCUGCUGCGCCGCACCACCACCAUCACCAUCGAGAGCGAGGGGAAGGGCUCCACCUUCGCCAAGGCGAGCUUCGUGGCCUCCGAAAACCGCACCGACAUCGCCUUGGACGACCCCAACUUCUGGCAGAAGUGGGCCAAGAAAGCCGACCUGGACCUGGACCUCCUCAACAGCAAGAACAACCUGGUGAUCGACACGCCGCGCGUGCGCAAGCAGACGCGGCACUUCAGCACCUUGCGCGACGACGACCUGGUGGAGUUCUCCGACCUGGAGAGCGAGGACGAGGAGAAGCCCCGGUCCCGGCGGCACGACCGCCACCACCACCACCACGGCCUCCACCACGCCUACGGCCGCACCGACUGCUUCCGCGUGGAGAAGCACCUCCUGGUCUACGGCUGGGGCCGGUGGCGGGAGAUCCUGUCCCACGGGAGGUUCAAGCGGCGCCUGUCGGAGCGGGACGUGGAGACCAUCUGCCGCGCCAUCUUGGUCUACUGCCUCCUCCACUACCGGGGCGACGAGAACAUCAAGGGCUUCAUCUGGGACCUCAUCAGCCCCGCCGAGAACGGCAAGGCUAAGGAGCUCCAAAACCACUCGGGGCUCUCCAUCCCCGUCCCGCGGGGCCGCAAGGGGAAGAAGGUGAAGUCCCAGAGCACCUUCGACGUCCACAAGGCCGAGUGGAUCCGCAAGUACAACCCCGACACGCUCUUCCAGGACGAGAGCUACAAGAAGCACCUCAAGCACCAGUGCAACAAGGUCCUGCUCCGGGUGCGAAUGCUCUACUACCUGCGGCAGGAGGUGAUCGGGGACCAGGCGGAGAAGGUGCUGGCGGGAGCCAUGGCCAGCGAGAUCGACAUCUGGUUCCCGCUGGUGGAGCAGCUGGAGGUGCCGACCGCCUGGUGGGACGCCGAGGCCGACAAAUCCCUCCUCAUCGGCGUCUUCAAGCACGGUUAUGAGAAGUACAACACCAUGCGGGCCGACCCCGCCCUCUGCUUUCUGGAGAAGGCCGGCCGCCCCGACGAGAAGGCGAUCGCUGCCGAGCAGCGCCUGGACGUGGGGGAAGGGUGAGGUCACAGCGGUGUCCCCAAAAC